GUACUUGAACGCCUCUCAGUCCUGUUGUGGAAAACCAGGACAGCUCCUCCCAGUCCCUGACCGAGAGAGAAGGGGGAGACCGCGGGUGGAGGACAGGAAGCUGUUUUCCACAAACAUCUGACUCUUUUUUGGGAUCGGACUGGAAAUCUAAACGAACAGCGAGAAGAUGUCUCGGGCGGGGAUCCAGCCCAGCCAGCAGAAACUGGCCGAAAAGCUCACCAUCCUCAACGACAGAGGGAUUGGAAUGUUGACACGGGUGUACAAUAUUAAAAAGCAAGGACAAGUUUGGAAGGCUUGUGGAGAUCCCAAGGCUAAGCCUUCAUAUCUGGUGGACAAGAACCUGGAGUCAGCUGUUAAGUUUAUAGUGAGAAAGUUUCCUGCAGUGGAGACGCGAAACAACAAUCAACAGCUGGCCCAGCUGCAGAAGGAGAAGUCUGAGAUUUUAAAGAACUUGGCUCUGUAUUACUUCACUUUUGUGGACGUCAUGGAGUUUAAGGACCACGUGUGUGAGCUGCUGAACACCAUUGACGCCUGCCAGGUCUACUUUGAUAUCACGGUGAACUUUGACCUGACCAGGAACUACCUGGACCUGGUGGUGACCUACACCACUCUGAUGAUCAUCUUGUCUCGCAUCGAGGAGAGAAAAGCCAUCAUUGGACUCUACAACUACGCGCAUGAGAUGACGCAUGGAGCCAGUGACAGGGAGUAUCCAAGGCUGGGACAGAUGAUCGUGGAUUAUGAGAAUCCUCUGAAGAAGAUGAUGGAAGAGUUUGUCCCUCAUGGAAAGUCUCUGUCGGAAGCCCUGAUCAGCCUACAGAUGGUUUAUCCACGGAGAAACCUGUCUGCUGACCAGUGGAGGAAUGCCCAGCUGCUGUCCCUCAUCUCUGCCCCCUCCACCAUGUUGAACCCGGCUCAGUCAGACACCAUGCCCUGCGAGUACCUGUCCCUGGACGCCAUGGAGAAGUGGAUCGUGUUUGGUUUCAUUCUGUGCCAUCCAGCGCUGAACAGCGACGCGGCGGCGCUGUCCCUGUGGAAGCUGGCCCUGCAGAGCUCCACCUGCCUCUGCCUGUUCAGAGACGAGGUCUUCCACAUCCACAAGGCUGCAGAGGACCUGUUUGUGAACAUCCGAGGGUACAACAAACGCAUCAAUGACAUCAGGGAGUGCAAAGAGCAGGCCCUGUCUCACGCAGGCUCCAUGCACAGAGAGAGACGCAAGUUCCUCCGGUCUGCUCUGAAGGAGCUGGCCACUGUCUUAGCUGACCAGCCAGGACUUCUGGGUCCAAAGGCUCUGUUUGUCUUCAUGGCUCUGUCCUUUGCUCGCGACGAGAUCAUCUGGUUGCUGCGCCACGCCGACAACAUCCAGAAGAAAAGCACAGAUGACUUCAUAGACAAACACAUUGCAGAACUGAUCUUCUACAUGGAAGAGCUCCGUGCCCACGUGAGGAAGUACGGGCCGGUGAUGCAGCGGUACUAUGUGCAGUACUUGUCCGGUUUUGAUGCCGUGGUGCUAAAUGAGAUGGUGCAGAACCUGUCUGUGUGUCCGGAGGAUGAGUCCAUCAUAAUGUCUUCAUUUGUCAACACCAUGACCUCCCUGAGUGUCAAACAAGUGGAAGAUGGAGAGGUGUUUGACUUCAGAGGAAUGAGGCUGGACUGGUUCAGACUGCAGGCAUACACCAGUGUCUCUAAAGCCAGUCUUGGGAUUUCAGACCACAAAGAGCUGGGGAAAAUGAUGAACACCAUCAUCUUCCACACCAAGAUGGUGGAUUCUCUGGUGGAGAUGCUGGUGGAGACGUCGGAUCUGUCUAUUUUCUGCUUCUACAGCCGCGCCUUUGAAAAAAUGUUCCAGCAGUGCUUGGAGCUCCCCUCCCAGAGCCGACACUCCAUCUGCUUCCCUCUGCUCUGCACACACUUCAUGUCCUGCACACAUGAGCUCUGUCCUGAGGAGCGUCACCACAUAGGAGAUCGCAGCCUGUCUUUGUGCAACAUGUUCCUGGACGAGAUGGCCAAGCAGGCCCGAAACCUGAUCACUGACAUCUGCACGGAGCAGUGCACGCUCAGCGAUCAGCUACUGCCCAAGCACUGCGCCAAAACAAUCAGCCAGGCAGUCAACAAGAAGAGCAAGAAGGCCCCCGGGAAGAAGGGGGAGCCGGAGAGGGAAAAGCCGGGAAUGGAGAGCAUGAGGAAGAACCGGCUGCUUGUCACCAAUCUGGAUAAACUCCACACCGCUCUAUCUGAGCUCUGUUUCUCCAUCAACUACGUUCCCAACCUGAUGGUGUGGGAGCACACCUUCACCCCGCGGGAAUACCUCACCUCCCACCUGGAGAUCCGUUUUACCAAGUCCAUCGUUGGGAUGACCAUGUACAAUCAGGCCACCCAAGAGAUAGCUAAGCCCAGUGAGCUGCUGACCAGCGUGCGAGCGUACAUGACAGUGCUGCAGUCCAUAGAGAACUAUGUGACCAUCGACAUCACGCGGGUCUUUAACAACGUCCUGCUGCAGCAGACGCAGCACCUGGACAGCCACGGCGAGCCCACCAUCACCAGCCUGUACACCAACUGGUACCUGGAGACUUUGCUCCGUCAGGUCAGUAACGGACACAUUGCGUACUUCCCAGCCAUGAAGGCCUUCGUGAACCUGCCCACAGAUAACGAACUAACGUUCAACGCUGAGGAGUACUCUGACAUAUCUGAGAUGCGUGCUCUCUCAGAGCUGCUGGGGCCGUACGGCAUGAAGUUCCUGAGUGAGAGUCUGAUGUGGCACAUCUCAUCACAAGUUGCCGAGCUGAAGAAACUGGUGGUGGAGAACAUGGACGUUCUGACCCAAAUGAGGACAAGCUUUGACAAACCUGACCACAUGGCCGCUCUCUUCAAAAAACUCACCUCUGUGGACAGCGUCCUGAAGAGAAUGACCAUCAUUGGCGUCAUCUUGUCAUUCCGUUCACUGGCUCAGGAGGCUCUGAGAGAUGUGUUGUCGUGUCACAUUCCCUUCUUGGUCAGUUCUGUGGAGGACUUUAAGGACCACAUCCCUCGAGAGACAGACAUGAAGGUGGCCAUGAAUGUGUACGAACUGUCCUCAGCAGCUGGACUUCCCUGUGAGAUUGACCCAGCUCUGGUGGUUGCACUGUCGUCCCAGAAGAGCGAAAACAUCAGUCCAGAGGAGGAGUACAAGAUCGCCUGUCUGCUCAUGGUGUUUGUGGCAGUUUCUCUACCAAUGUUCGCCUGCAGCGUGAUGUCACAGUACAGCCCUGCUAUCGAAGGCCACUGCAACAACAUCCACUGCCUGGCCAAAGCCAUCAACCAAAUCGCAGCAGCGCUCUUCACCAUCCACAAGGGCAGCAUCGAGGACCGGCUCAAGGAGUUCCUGGCUCUGGCUUCAUCCAGUUUACUAAAGAUUGGCCAGGAGACGGACAAGACUACGACCCGCAACCGGGAGUCUGUGUACCUGCUGCUGGACAUGAUUGUGCAGGAGUCGCCCUUCCUUACUAUGGAUCUGUUGGAGUCCUGCUUCCCUUAUGUCCUGCUGCGAAAUGCCUACCAUGCUGUGUACAAGCAGAGCAUCAGCGCCAACGCAUAGACACACACACACACACAUACACACACUGACAGAUGCACAGCACACUAAACCCAAACUAAACACACUAGUCAUAGCACGACGAGUGACUUUAAGAAAACACUAGAACCACAUGGAAAUGAACAAACGCACUCCAGCUAAAUGGAGGGAUCAGUGUGAUCACUGUAAGUCUUGUUUUGUGUGAUGCGUCUGAGACCACGGCUGCAGCGGUGCUCCGUGUUUUAAAGAUUCAAAGAACAAAAGUAUAAACAGAUAGAUUCUAUUCAGCUGAAACACCAAGAUAAACAGUACUUUUCUUUUGGGCGGCUGAUGACCUUUGGAGGCGGGGCUAUUCUUUUCUGCAGGUGUGCAUUCAUCCUGACCAACAUGCACACACUGGUUCUAACUAGUACUACGUGGUGACUCCGUUUUUUUCUUUUCUAGUAGUUGUAACAAACUUUUGUGGGUAAAAAUCUAUUAACUGUAUUCUAUAUUAAUGUAAGCUGAACUGUAUGUUUUCAUUCAUUUGUUAUUUUUAUUAAAUUGCCAAAAGUGACACUAAAAAUUGGAAGGUUGGCUGAUGUAAAAAGAAAGUUUCGGUUCCACAGUUGUGUGAUAAACUGCAGACAGUUUGGAGGUGUAAACACAAAGUACAUUUGCCUUCUUGAAAGGCUUGUUCAGCUGUGGUUUAAGCUUUUGUCCAAACAGGAAGACGGAGCUCGUAAUCAGGACUGUGGAGCUGCGAUGAGGCAAAAUAAACAGAUUUAUAUGUCCAACUAA